AUGUCGAUUCCGGCUCUUGCCCUCCCAGGCCAGCCUUUGGGCCCCGCCGACAAGUACGCGCCCGGCCAAGGCACCCACAUCCAGCACAACGCCCUUCACGCCUCGAUCCUCGGCCCUGUCCUCGAGGCCAAGCCCACCAAGCGCGCUGCCGCUCCCGGCGCUACUACCACGUCCUCUCUUCCCGCACUCUCCGUCUCCCGCCCUACCGCAAACGGGAGCUCUGCAUAUGCCAGCUUCGGCGCCGCCAGCAUCCUGCCCGAAGUCGACUCAGUCGUGAUGGCGCGUGUGACUCGCCUGACGCAGAGGCAAGCCACCGUGGAGAUUCUGGUAGUCGGAGAGACCGUGUGCCGGGAGGGCUUCCAGGGCAUCAUCAGGCGUGAGGAUGUGCGCGCCACCGAAAAGGACCGCGUCAAGAUCGGAGAUAUGUUCAGGGUUGGAGACAUUGUGCGCGGAAUCAUCAUCUCUCUGGGCGACCAGUCGAGCUACUACAUGUCGACGGCCACGAAUGAGAUGGGCGUCGUGAUGGCGACGAGCGAAGCCGGAAACCAAAUGUACCCGAUCAGUUGGAAGGAGUUCAGAGAUUCCAAGACCGGGGCGACGGAGAGCAGGAAGGUCGCGAAGCCUUUCUGA